AAAGGCAAUCAACUAACUCUCAUAGUGGAUCAUACAUUCAUAGUUCAUACCCAUGGCGGCUCUCUGGUAUCAAGACCUGCUCCAGCACGAACGAUUAGGCGUUUUCACCUACUGAAACUGAACUAGUAAUUGCCAAUGGCGGCGAGGCUCACUUUGUAUCCUAAAUUGGUGCACCCUUCUCCCCCUCGCUUCAAUUUUCAACCUCGUAUCGACAUUCUUCCCUUUCGCAUCCGGGGAACCUCUUCUUCCUACCUACAAGCUUCUAGGCGCUUCUCCACUUUCCCUCAGGAAGGUGAUAAGUUGGUGGAUGAUUCUCGAUAUCGGAGUCAACGUCGGGGCGGCCGGGUAGGUAUAGAAUUGGGAGGGUAUGACUUUGAUGAGGAUGAGGAUGAGGAUGAAGAAGAUGAAGAUCGCAGCUUGGACCUUCUGAUUAAAUUUGUUCAGAACGUUUUCAGAAAAAUCUCGAGGAAAGCUAGAAAGGCUGUUCGAUCUGUUUUGCCGGUCGCCAUUUCCAGCCAAUUGGUUGGAUUUUCUGUUAAUGGUGUUAUAAUUUUGACAUUUUUAUGGGUUCUGAAGGCACUUCUCGAGGUAAUUUGCACCCUUGGGAGUGUGGUAUUCGCCAGUAUCUUACUCAUCCGCGGAAUAUGGACGGGCAUAUCAUACUUACAAGAUACCCGGAAUCACAGAAUAGAUGACGAAGAUCAUACUGUAUGGACAGGUGCACAACCUGCAAGCUAAUUGCCCUAACGGUGAACAAGAACGAUGCCUUACACACUUAUGGAGUCUAUGGCGCUCUGGCGAUUAAAAACCCAGUUUUGAACACUGAACAUUGACACAUAGCAUGUAUUUGUUCAAAUAAUGUAUACUAAUUAAAAUUCUCAAUAAUGUAUGAGCACAGGCUGAUAGCAACUUCAAACUUAAUUCUCAAAAGCAGUAAAUUUGCUGUGAAUGAAUGAACUAGAAUUCAUUGACUUCUAAUC